AUGAGCACCAUGAGCACCCUCCCACCGCCCGAGUGGCAGAACGUGAUCCGCGCCCGUCUCAUGGCUGCGCAAGCGGCGCGUGAUCCCUGCAAAGAUAUCAUUGAGCAGUACCAACAACUCGCGGCGGCGGCGCGUGAGCUCAAGGUCCGGAACCGCGCCCUGCUGCGAUCUGGUGGCGGAGGCGGUGAUGGCCCCGCGCCGCUCGUGUCGCAUCUAGAUGCGCAGCUCAACACGCUCCGCGCCGAAAUCUCGGGACUGUACCGCACGCAGGCAGCGGCACAGAAUAAGCAGCUCGCCCUUAGUGACGCGUUGCGCGACCGCGACGAGGAGGUGCGCGGGCUGAGGGAGGAGGUGCGCCAGUUGCGCGAGACGCGCGACGUCAUGACUCGCCGCGAGCAGAAUACGAAUGAGCGGUUGAGGGUCAAGGACGAUGAUGCCAAGGUCCUCCACGACGAGAUCCUCGCCCUCCAGAUCGAGUUUAGCGGUCUCACGCAGCGGAACAGCGCGCUCCAAGCCGACAACGCGUCGCUCCUCCAGCGCUGGCUCGACAAGAUGAACAUGACAGUCGACGAGAUGAACGCCGAGUUCGAGGCCGAGGCUUCUGCCAGCAAGGACGAAGGGGAUUUUCGCGGCGGCGGGAAGGCGUGA